GAAAGACAGUAUGAAGAUCACUUUUCUGGUUCUUUUGGUUAUAUUUCCAGCUUUGUCUUUCUGCAGUGGCUGCGAGAAUGCUAGGAAAAAACGGGAUCUUCUGUUGCGCACCAAAAGGAGAUGGGUCCUGUCUACUUUUCAAAUUGAAGAGGAAAUGACUGUGAUCUAUCCAUACUUUCUUUCAAAGACGUAUAAUGACAAAUCAGCAAGUGGAAAAUUUAGGUUUGAAAUAAGUGGAGAUGCUGUGGAUCAAGGAUAUUUAAGUAUUGAUGAAAACACUGGAGCAAUCUAUUUGCACAAACCUGUUGACAGAGAGAAACAUCCACGCUUCCAUGUCAUUUUUGAUGUGUAUGACAAAGAGACUAACCUAAAAAUAGACAAGAAACUGGCAUUUAACGUGGAUGUAAACGACAUCAACGACAACCCACCACAGUUUAUCAAUAUUCCUGAAACUGUUACUGUGAAGGAAAACCAAGAGGAAGGCUUACUGGGGGUGGAAGUGAUUGCUUAUGACCCGGAUGAGGAAAACUCCUUAAAUUCAAGAUUCAACAUUAGUGUGAUUGCACAGCAUCCACCAGAGCCUAAGAUUCAAGCAAAAUGGAUCAGUGAAAGAAUGGUCCAUCUGACAGUUGAUGGAUGUUUUAACUAUGAAAAAGAUAAGAAGCACAGUAUUACUCUUGAAGCAAAGGAUCAUGGAACCCCUCCAAUGUCCUCCACAGCUGUGAUCAUGCUAAAUGUUGUUGACUCAAACACAAACAAAUACAUGCCAGUGUUCAAGGAGAGAGAAUACCAGACUUUUGCUGUAGAAAUGGAGACCCAUGAUGACAUUCUGAGAUUGGCAGUAGAUGACAAAGAUUCUUCCAACACUGAUGGCUGGCAUGCAAAGUACUUCUUCAUCAGUGGGAAUGAGGAAGACAUCUUCAAACUGGAAACAGACCCAAUAACAAAUGAGGGGAUUUUGAGCAUCACCAAGAAAAAGAAAUAUGGAAAAAUCACUACAGUCAACUUGCGGAUUGGGGUAGAAAACAUUGAACCCUUUUCUAAGUGUGAAAAUGGGAAAUUGAUUAAACAGGGAAGCAAACUUCCUGACUCGGUCAGUGUCAAGAUUCUAAUGAUUAAAACCAAUCACCCACCAGAGUUUCAGAAAACAAACAUAGAUGUGUUUGAGAAAGAAGAAUCUGAUCCAGGAAAGGUUCUCUUCACCCCAGAGGUUCAUGAUCCAGAUUCUACUUCCUUCAGGUUUGUACUAGUAGAAGAUCCAGCUAACUGGGUAUCUGUUGAUGAAAAAACUGGAGAAAUCAGAACAACUAAGAAGAUGGACAGAGAAUCACCCUUCGUGGAUGAUGACAAUGUUUACAAAGUCGUCAUCGCUGCCAUAGAUGAUGAUUUUCCUCCAGCCUCAAGCUCUUGCACCAUCAGUAUCCACCUGGGAGACAUCAAUGACCACAAGCCUCAUCUGGUCAACAGCAGUCUCAUCAUGUGUGGACACAGGAACAACAAAGUGAUGCUUUAUGUAGAGGAUUUGGAUGCUGAUCCCUACAGUGGACCCUUUUCUUUUCACUUAGACGAUUACGAAGAUAUGAAGCAAUGGAAACUAGAUCCUGCUUAUGGUCAGCAAGGUGGCCUUGUCACCCUGAAGCCACUCCCUUCUGGAAACUUUUCUGUGUCUCUGUUGAUUCGAGAUAAACAGAACAAUAUUGGACGUAAUACGUUGGAAGUUCAGGUUUUAGUUUGUGGAGACAGAUAUACAAGUUAUCUUAAAAAAAUUUGUAUGAGAGAAGAUGCCUUUGGACCUAUUAUUGCUGGACUACUUUUAUUUUUACUCUUACUUCUUGCUUUCUCGUGGACUUGCCAAUAUCUGCCAUUUAAAGACUUGGGGGAAGGAGAAACCCAGACUCCUAUCUUUUACAACCAGGAAGGAGGGGUCCCUGUAUGCAAUACUGAAGUAGUUUGUUUGCCACCAACAAGUGGACCUGUCUACAUCUACUCGACAAAACCUACAGUGACUCCACAGAAGAUGAACAAUAACUUCUAUCAACGAAAUCCCACAUAAACCAUGAGGGCCAUUUCAGGGAAAGUACUGCAAUUGAUGAAAGUUAUGGUCAUCUACCAACCCACCAGCUACGGCUAAAAAGGCUACGGCAACAAGUAGAAGUCACUGAGCAAUCUUUCACUCAGCAUUCGCUGACAAUUUUGCAAUUUCUGGAUGAUUUUGAACCAAAGUUAUCCAAGUGUCUCCAUCUAUUUAAAUCAAUCUCUGAAUGUAUUGAUGGACAUUUAGCUGGAUGUUUUAUUGAAUUUGUGCAAAAAAUAAUUACCCACAUGACUCAUGUUCAUGCACUUCAAUUAACUCAAUGUUUGCACUCUUAACCCCUUGCAUUUGUAGAGAGAAAAACAACAGCAACACAUCAGAAAUUCUAGCAGCAACAAGAAAAAAAAAAAAUCAAACCAAAGAGGGCAGCAGAAAGUCACAAGGUGUCAAUACAACAACAGGGUUACAAAAAUUCUCUAUGGCGAUCUGAAAAUUGCAAAACAAUAAAUAACAAAAAAGUUGUGCACCUCUCAUUUAUCAACAGCAAGCAAAAUGUUAAUAAUAUAAAAUAUGCAACAAUAAAUGAAGGUUUCAGGAAAAAGUCAGAACCUAUAAUAAGAUGUGUUUAUGCAUAUGUAAGUUUAAGCUUUUACAGGUGAAAUUGUACAUAUGGUAACUUAAUACUACAUAAAAUUAAAAACUUGAUAAAAAACUACUCCCU